AUGGCAUCCGGACAAGACAAUAGCGCAUCUGGCGCGAGAAACUUACAGAGCGCCGGCGACAUGUCAAUCCCCACAUCUCCUCUCGAUGCUCGACAUCCUCUUUCAAUCGUCGCAUCUGCUUCGCAACCCGACGAUGGAACGCCAAGUAGCUAUCAGUCGACGGACACAGUGCGGAGGCGGCCUGAACCGCAGUCCUACGGGUCUAUCCAUACGCCGAGCACUUCUCAGAACAAUAACGAUCGCAGCGAACCUACUUCCGCCGUCGAACGUCCCCAAACACUUAGUGUAGACUCCUCUCGAUCAAUAAAUCAGAUCUCUCGAUCACCGCUGCUAGGCCCAGAACGUGGGAGAGGUGGACAGCGACCAAAGAAGCCCUCUAUGCCUCGUCGAGCUUCCUCUAAUGUUCAAGGACCUCAUCGGGGACAGGAGUUCUCUGUGGAUGAUGAUGUGACGGAAAUCGAAGGAGCUAAAGUACGGCAAGCCGGCACGGUCCGACACCAACCAUCUUCAACGUUGAGACGUCGUGCUACACAGCAGCCGAAUUUACCACGGGUCAAUUCUUCUCGGGAGGACGAGGAGGAAGCAGAAGCAGAAACUCAGGCAGAGAGAGCCAGUUUGAAAGGGGAGAGCGCAAUUGAAGAUGAAUCUCCACAGUCGGGGGAGGAUACACUGCGUGAAAUAGAGGACGUUACCCCGGACGAGGAGGAGGACGACGACGAUGAUCUUAGCGAUGCGGAGAGUUUCACGCUGAAGGACAGACAAGAGGCUAUAAACGAGACACAUCCUUUUGGUAUUCGGAUAUGGAAACCCGCGUUAUACAAGAAGAGCAGAUCGGUUCAAAAGACCGCAGAGGGGGACAUCCACUCUUCUCCUGGAGGCAGGGUCAAUAUCGGAUUGCUUUUCUUCAACGUCGUCUGGACAGUAUGUUUCGGAUGGUGGUUAGGACUAGCUGCUUUCCUUGGUGCGGUUGUUUGCUUCACCUUCGCAGCUGCUCCAAGUGCUCUAGAAUACGGUCGCGUUCUUUGGGGUCUGGCUGGCUACCUUUUCUAUCCCUUUGGAAAGUUCGUACGCUUGGAACAGGAUGAAGCCUACGCCCACGAGGAUGAAGGGGAAGGGAGAAGUAUUACCGAGUAUGAACAGUGGCAGAGUGGUGACAUUGAGGAUGGACGCCUUUUCUUUGGUCCUCAGGGAAGUCGUUCUAUCGUCGGGCGUUCUAGGCGAAGCAUCGACUCAUAUGCCAGCGAGACGGAUAGUCUGCUUGGCCGACGAACUCGAGGUGCUACACGGGAAUCUUCUAUCAUGCCAUCCAAGCGAAGACUCUUCGGGCGUGGUCAGUGGAAUAUCGGCCGUGUCAUCUUUUUUAUGUUCUUCUAUGGACUGAUCACGCCUCUCCUCUUGCUCGUUUCCCUAAUUUGCUGGUUUCUCGUCUUCUGGAUUCCAAUGGGGAAAGUAACGGUAUUACUGUUUUCUCACCUCCGAAGACAUCCAUUGGCUCUUUCAUUCGAAUCUGAUACCGACUACUCUCGAAGUGGCAGCGCCCCUAAUUCGUCAAUCUUACUGUGCACCUAUCGCGCCGUUGGGUCUAAAUACUGGAAAUAUACAGUUGAUGGUACUAACAUUUUUCUCAUCAAUCUAAUGGGGGUAGUGAUGUUUGUCAUCUUUGACUAUUAUGUGUUAGUCGAGGUAUUCGAAUUCAGUUCAAUCAUCACCGGUCCGGCAUUUCUCUUCAUUGCUGCUCUAUUCUCGAUUAUACCGCUCGCGUACUUUAUCGGACAGGCCGUAGCAUCGAUUUCCGCCCAGUCAUCAAUGGGUCUUGGUGCUGCAAUCAAUGCCUUCUUCUCCACCUUGGUAGAGGUCUUUCUAUACUGUGUGGCUCUCAACCAAGGCAAGGGACAGCUGGUGGAGGGCAGUAUCAUUGGAAGUAUUUUCGCUGGUAUACUCUUCCUCCCUGGACUUUCAAUGUGUUUCGGCGCGAUCAAGCGGAAGACACAACGUUUCAACGUAAAGUCAGCUGGUGUUACAUCCACUAUGUUGUUGUUCGCUGUUAUUGCUGCAUUUGGUCCUACAUUAUUCUACCAAAUAUAUGGCACGCAUGAACUCAAUUGUCUCAGUUGUGUUGAUACCGACGAUGAAUCACCAAGUCGGGACUGUAGAAGAUGCUAUUUCUCUCAAGUUCCAGCUCUCAACGAUCGCUUUUAUCUCGAGGCAGUUCGGCCAUAUUGCUGGUUCGCAGCUGUUCUUCUCUUCUUAUCAUAUAUCAUAGGCCUAUGGUUUACUCUCCGAACGCAUGCUGCUGUUAUAUGGAAUGAUCAAGCAGACGAGAAGAAAACACAUGAGCAUCUCCACAUGUCUAUGUCAAGCUCACAACAGCACCACUCUACUGGGCACCCAUCGCGGUCCCUACGCCACAGCAGUGCACAUAAUAGCUCGAAUGAUGUACGAGGAGCUGAAAUUCGUGAUUCGCAGCUGUAUAAGCGUAUCCUGGGACAAUCGUUGAAACAGGUUGGCCUGGGUAUCAAAGAUGAUGGAAAUCCGAACGUAUCGAGCCCAGUGAUCAAUGGCUCUUCGGGAACUCCCCAUAUUCCGCCACCGAAAAGCAGCGGCGGUGAUAGUGUUAGAUCGGAGUUACGUAUUCCUGGACUUUCAGAGUCCGAGAACACAAGUCUUGUCAGGGAGGUUGCCGAGAUGGCAGCGACUGCUGCUACUAUUGCGGCUCGGGAUGCUAGCUCUGCUCCGCGGAAAACCUCAAUUGCCGCAAAUAGAUCUGCACACAAACCACCGGCGAUACGUACAGCGACGCUCCAGACAAUACAUGAUGAACCACCCGUUGUGGAAAUCGAAGCAGCGGCUGGCGGUGGUCAUGAUGCACCAAAUUGGAGCAGAAUGAAGAGUUCCGUCAUUCUUUGCGGGGCUACUGUGUUAUAUGCUCUUAUUGCAGAGAUAUUGGUCAAUACGGUAGACGUGGUGUUGAAAAACGUGGCCAUUGACGAGAAGUUCCUCGGUAUCACCUUGUUCGCCCUUGUUCCGAACACGACAGAAUUCCUGAACGCUAUCUCGUUCGCCAUGAAUGGGAACAUUGCAUUGUCAAUGGAAAUCGGUUCGGCUUAUGCUUUGCAGGUCUGCUUACUGCAGAUACCUGCCCUUGUGUUAUUCAGUGCCAUCACAGGACAAUGGCUUACGGGACCGGACGUUGCGGACUAUUCAUUCAGCCUUAUCUUCCCACAAUGGGAUAUGGUCACGGUCAUCCUCUGCGUUUUCCUUCUUAGCUAUAUGUAUGGCGAGGGAAAAAGCAAUUACUUCAAGGGUUCCAUACUUAUCCUUAGUUAUCUUGUGGUCAUCGUCGGAUUUUACCUUUCCGGCAUGACCGAUUUGGAGACGAUGGGCACAAGCAGAUUUGACAUCAUGGAAGCAGGCGGGAGCUUCAAGACCAUCGGAAAGCGAAAUUCGGGCAUGGCAUUUCAUAGCAACAAUGGAUCUUGA